AUGAACCACAUUUUAAGUCAAUUUUUAAUAGCAGGUCUAAUCCAUGCUUCCAAAAUGCAAAUUCUUAACAAAAGUUUGCCGGCAAAGUACUCAUUUGACACAUACCUUUUUGAUCAAACAAGUAGUGAUUGCGAAUGCGAUGAAGAAACGGCGUGCGUCAGAAAGUGUUGUGCCUUAAACUACUUUUGGAGCGAAAAAAGUUGUACCUUUCAUGCUGGUACCCAGUUUGACACGGCCGUUUAUAUUGGUGAUCAAAAUGUGACAACCUCAAAGAGGUGUUACAUUUGGGGGAAAUUUCAGUGCGCCGGAGAAGGGUUUUAUUUUCGAUUAGAGCCCUACAACUAUUCCGCCGAUGUCUUCUAUCCUCAGUAUGAUGGUAGACUAUGGCUUCCAAGUACCAAUAAACACUUCCCUGCGAGUGGCUAUUGCUUGGAUUAUUUUGAAGAUAAUCGCAUUUCCGCCCUUGUAUGCGAAGAUGCAAUGCUUAAAACUGAGGCACGAAUUAAUAGCGUAGGUAUGAUGGUAUCACUUCCAUUUUUACUGGCCACAUUUGUAGUGUACAUGCUGCUACCGAACAAAAAUCUUCAUGCAAUGUCUCUAAUGUGUUACGCUAUUUCAUUGUUUGGAGCUUAUCUUUGUUUAGUUCUAGCAAAAGAAGUGAGCGGUAUUGCUGGUCCGAGUUGCGUAGUGCUAGCCACUUCGUGUCUGUAUUUCUUCAUGAGCUCGUUUCUGUGGAUGAAUUUAUUCUCGUUUACUAUUUGGCGAUCUUUCGGGAAACUCUCCAGUGGAAAUGCUGCAAGAAACACGUCCAACUAUAUGCUACUUUAUGGGUUGUACACAUGGGGCGGCGCAUUGCUUUUCGUUGCUGCAAUAACGAUAAUUGACAGACUAACACCACCAGGCCAAUGGUACACUCCAGGACUUGGUGACGGUCAGUGCUGGUUUACACCGGGCUAUCCUAGCCUUUUAUAUUUUUAUGGCCCAUUGAGCAUCAUUACUUUGGCCGAUGUAGUGUUCUUUACACAAACUGCUUGGAGAAUUAAAAAUUUGCAACGCGAGAUCGCCAUAUUAAAGAAAAAUGGUAAUGCGAUUAGUGGCAGAAAUCGCGAACAACAAACGUUUUACUUGUACUUGAAGUUUUUUGUAAUAAUGGGCAUAAACUGGAUGACUGAAAUAAUCUCGUGGAUAAUCAAUUGGCAAGUUGAAGCAGUGCCUUCAGCUGUGUGGAUUUUAACCGACUUGAUCAACGCACUGUCUGGAGUUUUUAUUUUUUUCAUAUACGCUUAUAAGACUUGUACCUGGAAGUUAUUGCUACGCAGAUACUCCUCACCAGCAAAAGUGAACGUGCGUUGCCGCUACAAAAACCAUACCACAACCACUACUACCACUACCACUGUAGCCAUCAUUUCUAUUACCAAGACAGUCAGCGACGAAUAGAGUCAACCGAGUUGUGUAUAUAAACUUUCGUUAUAACAAUUAGAAUCUGUUUUCAUGAAAGAGAUGAUAAAACAUUUAAUAGCUCAACCACGGCACGGUAAUCAAAGUUCUCCUGCACUUAGUUUAAGAUGAUGCAGUGUCACUGAAGGAGCCGUUAUCAGUUUCACAUUUUUUUACUUUUCACUAUUUUCCCGUAAAAUUCAACGCAAGUUCCGCGAGUUUUACAGUAGAAUCAAUGAAUAUCUGGAAGGGGAUUAAGGGACUGUGUGAUUUAUUACACCAUAAAGGGAAUAAUUGUGCAGGACGUUAAAACCGCAUUGAGAACGCGCGUUUUCACUUCAUAAUUUUAGAAUCCAGGAAAUAUAUGAUUUUAGGAUGACAAAUUCAUGGUAGGUCAAGGACAGAUUAAUUAAACGCACUGGGUUGUUCUUCGCUACAAAAAAAAUCAGUUGUGUUGCCGUUAAUGAACAAAAGGGAACUACACUUGAUUGUUGGAAUACGUACGUAAAAUUAGUGCAAGUGCCUCUGAAUCUACCGAUGCUAUAUAUUUUGUUUAUGUACGAGUAUGUUGAUGGCUGAUUUAUUGAUAUUGUUGUUAUAGUCCAGGA